GCUGCCACAUUCAGAGGAAUAGGGAUGGCUUGUUUAGUGAUUCUUCUUCUAUUUGCGUUGAUCCAGUGGCUGAUGGUUCCUGACGAAGAAGAAGAAAAGACAAUGCUGGCGGAAAGGAUCCCAGUGCCUUCCAGUCCUGUUCCCAUAGCAACUAUUGACCUUGUGCAGCAGCAGUCGGAAGAUACCAUGCCUCGGACUGAGCCCAGGCUUCCUCAAAAGAAAACUAAACACCAAGAAGAGCAAGAGGAUGUGAACAAACCUGCCUGGGGCAUCAGCUCUUCUCCUUGGGUCACCUUGGCUUAUGCUGUCUACCAGAUAAAAGAGAUGGUUAAACUCUCCAAAACCAAUCCAACUCCCGAGAAUCAGCCUUUGCAGAAAAUCAAUGAGGACUGCAGUGCUUCAUCAGCCAGCUCAGCAAGACAGGCCCAAAAUCCAACAGAUUCUGGGCAGUCCAGAAAUUGUUCAGCACCAACACCUACAGCAACAUCAGAUUCCCAAGUAGAUGGCGACCCCGUUGUGUCGGAUCAUGAUGCUCAGCCUGCUGCGGCAGGGCCCUGAGACGCGCUCAUCUUAUCAAAUCCAGUGCAUGGAAUUC